AUGUGGAGUUACAUGGCGUCGGCGCUCGGUGACAGCGAUGCAGAGCGCUCGUCUUUUCGCUUGCGCUGCCGCGGGUGGCUCGACAGAGAGAACGAGUUGUUUAUGUCGAUACCUAAGCGUGCCACGGCAAGUUGCAAUGUCAUUUUCUUCCCUGGGGAUGUGCAGGACUUCAAAGCAGCCAUGGCAACAAGCCCCUUUGCAGACUAUAGCGACUUCGCCUACGAAGCUGUGGCAGAGCUGCUGAGUGAGAAGUUUGGAGGCACUUGUAACGUGUGGGUGGUGCGACCAAGUCGCUUCAAGCACGGAGCGUACAGUAGCUUCGAUAACUUCGUGACGACCAAUGAAUACGGAGCAGCAACUCAAUGUACGUGGUGA